AUGUCAGACAUCAAGAAAGUUCUACUGGUUGGUGCAAGCGGCAACCUCGGCCCCUCAGUCCUCUCCGAAUUUCUUAAAUCCCACCUCACCGUCUCAGUGCUCAGCCGCCCGUCCUCAACCGCAACCUUCCCCCCCGAAGUCAACGUCAUCAAGUCUUCGUACGAGCCCUCUGAGCUCGUCCCCGCGCUCAAAGGCCAGGAUGCAGUGAUUUCACUCGUCGGCACCGCGGCGUUCGACGAGCAGCAGAAACUGAUCGAUGCCGCAAUCGCCGCAGGGGUGAAGCGGUUCGUGCCGAGCGAGUUCGGGGGCAACACCGCAGACCAGAAGGCGCGGGAGUUCGUGCCGUUUUUUGAGGUGAAAAAGCAGGUCGUGGACUACCUGGCUGGGAAGGAGGGAGAGAUCAGCUGGACGGGGGUUGUGACUGGGCCGUUUUUGGACUGGGGCCUCAAAGUCGGCUUCCUCGGCUUCAACCUCACCGCACACACCGCCGCCAUCUGGGACGACGGCACCGUCCCCUUCAGCAGCACGAACCUGUCGACUAUCGGGCGUGCUCUCGUGGCCCUCCUCACUGAUCCCUCCGCCUACAGCCAGACGGCCAAUAAAUACAUCUACAUCGCCAGCCACGUGACCACGCAGUCCGAGGUGCUGGGCUACCUCGAGAAGGUGACAGGCAAGUCCUUCAAAGUCACGCAUGUGAAGAGCGAGGAGGCGGUGAGCAAGGCUAGGGAAAAGCUGGGUAAGGGGGACUAUUCCUCGAUUCCGGACUUGAUUCUGGGCGCGAUGUAUGGGCCGGAGAAGCUGGGGGUGUAUGAGCCGACGGGGAACCAGCUGCUGGGGUUACCGGAGGAGUCGCUGGAGGAUACUGUUAGGGCGGUUGUGGAGGGGAAGAAGCCGUGA